UGUUGUACAUUUUAAGGGACUUUGAAUUUCUAGUUUGUACAGAAUUCUUUACAUGGCCUCACCCAGCAACUACUCCACUGCAACAGUCUCCGAAUUCCUCCUCAUCUGCUUCCCUAACUACCAGAGUUGGCAGCACUGGCUGUCCCUGCCUCUCAGCCUCCUCUUCCUCCUGGCCAUGGGGGCCAACGCCACCCUUCUGAUCACCAUCCGGCUGGAGGCAUCUCUGCAUGAGCCCAUGUACUACCUGCUCAGCCUCCUCUCUCUGUUGGACAUCGUGCUCUGCCUCACUGUCAUCCCCAAGGUCCUGGCCAUCUUCUGGUUUGACCUCAGGUCUAUCAGCUUCUCUGCCUGCUUCCUCCAAAUGUUUAUCAUGAAUUGCUUCCUUGCCAUGGAGUCCUGCACAUUCAUGGUCAUGGCCUAUGACCGCUAUGUGGCCAUUUGCCACCCAUUACGAUACUCAUCCAUCAUCACUGAUCAAUUUGUGGCUAGAGCUACUAUGUUUGUUGUAGCCCGGAAUGCCCUGUUUUUCCUUCCUGUUCCAAUCCUUUCUUCCCAACUCAGAUAUUGUGCAGAGAACAUCAUCAAGAACUGCAUCUGCACUAACUUGUCUGUGUCCAAACUCUCCUGUGAUGACAUCACUUUCAACCGGCUCUACCAGUUUGUGACAGGCUGGACCCUACUGGGCUCUGACCUCAUCCUUAUUGUUCUCUCCUACUCCUUCAUCCUGAAAGCUGUGCUAAGGAUCAAGGCUGAGGGAGCUGCAGUCAAGGCCCUGAGCACAUGUGGUUCUCACUUCAUCCUCAUCCUCUUCUUCAGCACAGUCCUGCUGGUUCUGGUCAUCACCAACCUGGCCAGGAAGAGAAUCCCCCCAGAUGUCCCCAUCCUGCUCAACAUCCUGCACCACCUGAUCCCCCCAGCUCUGAACCCCAUUGUUUAUGGUGUGAGAACCAAGGAGAUCAAGCAGGGAAUCCUGAAACUACUGAGAGGUUUGUAAUAAGUAGAAAGAAUCAGGUCC